GGUCAGUCCUUGUUCCUAUCGCAGACCAGGCGUCUAAGUCUUCAACGACAUCGAUGAGCUAUAGCUUCCCUACUUCCCGCCGAUCGGUUUGAGUUCCUCUUGCGCGCCUCUUCAGCAACAGCUAUGGUGCUGCACGAUUCCAAGAGUAUCGCGCGGCGUGGAGAGCAGGUUGAAAGCAUCGCGAUAGCCUUUCUCGUCCUGUCUUGGUUUUUCAUUGCGCUUCGAAUAUGGACGCGGACCCAUGUUAUCUCCAACUUCGGAUGGGACGAUUCGGCAAUGGUAUUCGCUGGAAUGAUCUUCACUGUUUACUGCGCAUGCAUACUAUUCAUCGAAGCAAACGGCGGCGGAACUCACGUCACUUCAGUCGCGCAGCUGACCAUGCUCACAAAGUGGACCAUCGCCGGCGAAGUCACUUACAUCGUCACAGUUAUGGUGCUGAAGAUCUCACUAGGCAUCUUCUUCGCCAGAAUCGUCGUCAAAUCGUGGCAGCUCGUACUGAUCUAUGUUACAGUAGCCGUGACCAUCAUUUCCUCGAUGGCUUCCUUCUUCUACUGUCUCUUCCGAUGCGGUCCUAAUCUGAACGACUACGUAUUUCGACAACUAGCAAACCGAUGUACCGCGCAAGCGCUCGAUCGAUUUUUCGCAUACCAACACGCUUCUUUUACGACCCUCUCGGACUGUAUAUUCGCGAUACUACCCAUCUUCAUACUGUGGAAUACUAGCUUGGGCAGGCGUUCAAAGAUCUCCGUAGGAGUAAUCCUGUCCUUGGCUGCGCUUGGCUGCAUAUGUUCCAUUAUCCGAUUCCGGUACGUCGACGGCUUGACUCAGGUUGACGACUUCUUCUGGAAUGCUGUCAACGUAUCGCUCUGGUCCACCAUCGAACCCGGCGCAGGUAUCAUUGCAGGUUGUUUGGCGACGCUGCGCCCCUUAUUGAAGCGGGCCUUCGUCAAAGCACGGUCGAUACGAUCUUCGGCCUCUAAAUCCCUCAAGCAAGCUUCGCGCUCAGUCCGAUCGAACGAGGAUUCCCCGAAGCACAAGAACUGCACCGCAAACAACAGCAAGGACUCCCACUCGGGCACUGAUACUGACAUUGAGGCUCAGCAUGGCCUAGGUCAGGUCAUUGAGCUAGGAUCGGAUAUCAACAAGAAAGGGGAAUCGACUGGUUGCAUCCUUCCACAAGACCAAGAGCCGGGACCGUUCCCAUUACAGAGGGACCGCAGCCUAGAGCUCGAUCGCCAGAGCUCCCGCACCUUGCACUGUGGCCGCUACUCCCACGAUACUCCUUAAAUAGAGGGAUAGCGAAUAGGGAUACAGGCCGGACCAACGGCCAUCCGUCUUCGGGGCUGACAAUGCGAUCGCCUCCUCGCUGAAAUUUCCCACAUCGGCAACCGGCCUUUGGCCUGUCAUACCGGUAACUAUCCACAUCCGUGGGUGUCCCGGGACCGU